UUCACACGUCUGACUGACCGGUGUGUGUGUGUGUGUGUGUGUGUGUGUGAUUGGCAGAUGAAUGCCCUUUAUCUGUGUCGCUCCUUGACAUCGUUCUUAUAUAAGCGCGUCGUUGAGCGCGAGACAUCACCGUGACAACACCGAAUCACGGAACCCGUGACCGUUCGGAGAUGCUGACCGGUGUCGGAGCGGCUGGGAGCGCCUGGGCCUCAAGGACAAGGAGAAAUGAGGAGAAAUGACGGACGGCGCGUGAAGAAGAGCGCGUCAAGGACGAAAGGGGCGUCAGCGACGCGCGCUAAUUCAAGUGCGUUCGACCGCGAUGAGGAGCCGUCGGGGGGCAGCGCGGCGGGGCGAGGCGUCCUCCGGAGGAAGCGUGAAGGAGAAUCCGUCGUUUUACCGGCGCUGAGGUCAAACUGACCUGAGCUCGUUCUUCAGCGUAAUGACAGAUCAGAGACAGAACAGACCCGUGUUUAUCUGACAGAAGAGCAACAACAGGUCACUGUGUGCGUGUGUGUGCGUGCGUGUGUGUGUGUGUGUGCGUGCGUGUGUGCGCGCUCUCUCGCUGCUGGCGCUGGCAUGGAUGGUGGCACCGGGGCUUCCGCGGGCACGGACCCUCGCCCCGCUCGGAACGGGGACUCUAAGCGGCGCAGUAAGAGCAGUCUGCCGUCUCCCGGUUACCGUCUCUCCCAGGCGUCUCUGGAGGGGGACCGCGGGGAGCCGCUUCCCGGGCGCCGCCGCCUCUCCAUCAUGAGCUCCACGCGCGACAGCGGCCAGUUCCGCCCGGGCACCGCAGCCGGAACCCCGACCACCCCUCUGCCCCUGCCGCUGCCCCACGCCGGCUCCGCCCCGCCCACCGUGCAGCGCUCCGUGGGCUUCGCCGCAUCCCGAGCCGCUCUGGCAUCCACCUCUUCCUCCACCGGCACCGGGAUGGUCGUGGUGGCCGCCGGUCCCGAGACUACCACCACCACAGCGGCCGGGACCCCUGAGGCUGGUCCGGGGCUGGACGGUGAGGAUUACAGCUACUCGAACCAGUCCACCUUCAUCCAGAGGCAGUUCGGAGCCAUGCUGCAGCCCGGCGUCAACAAGUUCUCCCUCCGCAUGUUGGGCAGCCACAAGGCCGUGGCUCUGGAGCAGGAGAGGCUCAGAUCGGCCGGAGCCUGGAUCAUAAAACACAAAAACAAAUACAGGUUUUGCUGGGAUCUCCUCAUGCUGCUGCUGAUGGUGGGAAACCUCAUCAUCCUCCCGGUGGGAAUCACCUUCUUCAAGGAUGAGAACACUCCUCCAUGGAUCAUCUUCAAUGUGGUGUCGGACACGCUCUUCCUGGUGGAUCUGGUGCUGAACUUCCGCACCGGGAUCGUGAAAGAGGACAGUACGGAGAUCCUUCUGGACCCCAAGGCCAUCCGCCAGCGCUACCUGAAGAGCUGGUUCCUCGUGGACUUCGUGUCCUCGAUCCCGGUGGAUUAUAUCUUCCUGAUGGUGGACCUGGAAGCUCACCUGGACUCAGAGGUGUACCGGACGGCCCGAGCGCUGCGGAUAGUUCGGUUCACUAAGAUCCUGAGUCUGCUGCGCCUGCUACGUCUGUCCCGACUCAUACGCUACAUCCACCAGUGGGAGGAGAUCUUCCACAUGACCUAUGACCUGGCCAGCGCGAUGGUGCGGAUCGUCAAUCUGAUCGGGAUGAUGCUGCUGCUGUGUCACUGGGACGGAUGUCUGCAGUUCCUGGUGCCGAUGCUGCAGGACUUCCCACCCGACUGCUGGGUCUCCAAAAACAACAUGGUGAACGACACGUGGGGCAUCCAGUACUCGUACGCUCUGUUUAAGGCCAUGAGCCACAUGCUGUGCAUCGGAUACGGCGCUCAGGCUCCAGAGGGAAUGACGGACGUCUGGCUCACUAUGCUCAGUAUGAUCGUGGGGGCGACCUGCUACGCCAUGUUCAUCGGCCACGCCACGGCCCUCAUCCAGUCCCUGGACUCCUCACGCCGACAGUACCAGGAGAAGUAUAAGCAGGUGGAGCAGUACAUGUCAUUCCAUAAGCUUCCUGCAGAUGUCAGGCAGAAAAUCCACGAGUAUUAUGAACAUCGCUACCAGGGCAAGAUGUUUGACGAGGAUAACAUUCUGGGAGAGCUGAGCGAGCCCUUAAAGGAGGAAAUUGUUAGCUUCAACUGCCGUAGCUUGGUGGCUAACAUGCCGCUCUUUGCUAACGCCGACCCAAACUUCGUGACAGCAGUGCUAACGAAGCUGAAGUUUGAGGUGUUCCAGCCCAAUGACUUCAUCAUUCGCGAGGGAACCGUUGGCCGUAAAAUGUAUUUCAUCCAGCAUGGACGGGUCAGCGUACUUACUCGUGGCAACAAGGAGACCAAGCUUAGCGAUGGAUCAUACUUUGGAGAGAUCUGUCUGUUGACGCGCGGCAGGAGGACAGCUAGUGUCCGAGCAGAUACAUACUGUCGACUUUACUCCCUCAGUGUGGACAGUUUCAAUGAGGUUCUGGAAGAGCAUCCCAUGAUGAGGCGGGCCUUCGAGACGGUGGCGGUGGACAGACUUGAUCGCAUUGGUAAGAAGAACUCGAUUUUGUUGCGCAAGACCUCACAGGGAGGAUCUGUAGCAGGCAGCAGUUUGGGACGGGGUGGAGGGAGCCGCGGAGGAGGAGCAGGAGGCACCGGUCUGGGUUCUUGCGACAGUGUUCUGGUCCAGCAGAUCGUGAAGCAUGAUAGCAUGCCUACCAUGCAGGACAUCACCGCUGGCACCCGAGGCAGCACAGGAGGCACGGUCUCACCCCGACCUCAUCCAUUGAUCUGGGCACCGCUGGUCCACGCUCCCCUGCAGACGGCCGCUGCCACCACCAGUGUGGCCAUUGCCUUGAUGCAGCAGCAGCAGCAGCAGCAACAGUUGCAGCAGCAGCUACAACAACAACAUGCCCUUGGAGCUGCCAUUUUUCUUCCCUCCACUCUUUCCAUCUCACCAUCACCCUCAUCCUGCCCGCUUUCUCCUCCCCGUCCACCCAUACUACACCCUCGGCAGUCGCUCAGCUCCCUCAUCAGCAUUAUGGGGGGAAUGCCCCCCCGAGGAGUCCCGUCCUCUGUAACUCCUACACCCUCGCCCUCCACUAUGGGACCGACCGCUGUGGCCGUGGCUCCUCCAGUGGGUGGAGUUGCAAAAACUCCUCCUACACCUGCGUCAUCAGUGCCCGCCCCCCUGCAGCCUGGAAGAGCACUUCAUCACAGUCUCCGCCUCCACACGGAGUCCACAACAUCGCCUGUCCAUAAAGUCCCACCUCCCUCCUCAGCAGUUGCCCCAUUGUCUGUUGAAGGGCGCAAUGUUGGCUCAGCUCCGCAGGGGGCCAAAGAGGCUUUGCUGCGUCAUGUUGGAGGAGGCAGCACCCAGGGCCUCCCCAUGAUUGGUCGGCUUACCCAAGAGGCCAGACUGCUCUCCGCCUCCCAGCCGACUCUCCCCCACCGCAGCUGGGCAAGUGUGCAACCUCACCCGCCUCUCCAUCGCAAAGCAUCUGGUGGAAACCUGCUUCCGGCACCCUUCCUUUUGUCAUCAGGACUUGCUAGAGGAGGAAGUGCUGGUGUUUUGAGCUCAAAUUCGACACAGCCUGGUGCCACACAGGCACCGACAAAUACACCCCUGCUGUUGCCUUCUCAGCUGGCACAUGCACCUCCACUCACGUCAGCUCCAGGAUCAGCUCCGUCACCCCUUGCCCCCUUUUCGUCCUCCCCGAAGCAAACCCCUCUUAGUUCCACCAACCAUCCUUUAUCCCUCGUAGCCACAUCUUCUGGUCUAGGGGUUCCUCAAAUCCAGCGAGUGAAACCAGGCACUGCAAUACCUACUCCUUCUUCAACUUCUCCUCCUCCUUACCUACGCCCUCUUUCUCCCUCUCAGUCCACCUCCACCUCUCCAACUUCAUCUUCUGGUACCUCUUUGGCUCAGAAUUCCCGGUCCAAACCCUCUCAGACACCUCCUUCCCCAUCCCCAUUAUCCUGCACCACCAACUCAACACCCACCAUCACUCCAUCUCAAAGCCCCACCCCAACUCGAACCCCAACCCCUGUUCAAACCCCUAUUCAGACCCCUACCCAAUCUAGAACACCAGCGGCCAUCCAAACCCAAUCCCAGGGUUGGUGUCCAACUGCCGUCCAGAUCCCAGCAGCUGCACAAACUCUGACCUCAACCUCCGUUCAGAGUCCGCUUCCCGCCCAGACUCCAAGUAAACCUAUCAGUUCCACCAUGGGUCAGAGCACUGCUGUCCAGAUGCCAGCCACUGUCCAGGUUCUUGGUUCUCCUUUGACUUGUUCUGCAGUCUCCAGUCAAACCCAAACCUCAAAUGCCAUACAGACUCAGAGCUCUUCCUGGACCCCAGGCUCUCCCAUCAAUACCCCAGUCCAAAGUGGACCGUCAACCCCUGUUCUGACCCAAUCGCAGACACAAGCCACACCUGCUAAAGCCCCUGCUGCUGUUGCAUCAUCACCUUCUCCUUCAUCAACUCCAUCUCCCACUGCUUCACAGCCACAGAAGCCAGCUGCUACCCAUACUCAGACCUUAAAUGUUCUGUCCACUCCUACCUUAAGUCCAUCUCCCAUUCCUGCUUCCACUGCCUCCUCAUCUACAGUCCUCCAGUCCAUCUCCACCACCUCCACUUCAACAAAAGAGGCAAAGAAAGAGCAGGACUUGCCUCAGAUGCAGAGAGAUUCAGAGACAAAGAGACAAAAAUAUCCUGCUAGCAUGUGAGGAGGGAGGUGGGCGCUGGACAGAGGCUCAUGUUUUGUCCGAGGUGAGUUCAGAAGAUGAGAUGUCACGUGUCAGCUGUAUCAGUUCAGGCUCUGCAGGUUCCAUGAGCAUGCUGUCUGCGUUCAAGCCUCCCUGUGGUGGUCUGUAGUCUUGACCAUGGGAAGGUUUAACAUCCCUGACUAAUCAACUAAUCAAGGUAAAAACAAAAGAGCAGAACAUGUUUGGCUCAAAAGUAGAACAAGUGUGUCUGUGUUGUCCAGGUCAUCUAGGGAUGUCAGGUAGAAUAUUUUUGUAGUCCUGCUGAAAAGACCAGAUUGAAUUGCAGCGGUCUGACUGGUGAAACAAUGUAUUCAUGUUGAUCCCCAGCAAAACAUGGAUCCCAACCCUGUUCGUGGAGCUCCCAACAUGGCACAUUCUGCAUGUUUCACACCUGAUUCAGAUCAUCAGCUCUUUAGUAGAAACUCCAAGACCUAAAAAGGGAUGUAUCGGACAAAGGAGAGAUUGAAAAUGUGCAUUGUUUAGGGGCCUCCAGGAACAGAGUUAGGAACCAAUGUGCUAGUGAAUGAGCAUAAUCUUUCAACAGAGCCCCCAAAGUGAUAUUUGAUAUUCGCAGAAUAGAAACACUGGUCUUUUCAACAGGGAUCUGAUAAACUAAUGCUUGUAAUCUUUCACAGAAUAGAUGCACAUUCUUGCCAAAAAAUGUCUUAAAGGGAAUGUAACUGCAAAACUGCCACCACCUUAAGAUGCAUUUGCACAGCCUUGUAAAGAUAAAAAAAUAUCAGAACAUCAAAGAAGGUUUUAUAAGAUCAAAACUGUUCUAGCCAUGUAACAUCACCUCCAGAACACAAGCAGCAUUUUCAGAUCAGAUCACCCUCAAUCUGGAGACAAUAAAAGCAUAACCUGAGUUUCAAAUGACCUCUGUAUGCGGAGCAGCAGCUAGAGAAUUACCAUCGCACCUUCUGUCAUUGAAUAUUAGUGACUGAACUUUUGCGACAGGACUAGAACUCUCACAACUCAUUUUGCACUUUAGAUCAUGAGUCUAAUAUAAAUGUCCUGGAAUUCCUUGGGUACCAUACUAGAAUAAUACAUUUUGAGUCUGGAAAGACAUUUUAAAUCUGUGUUGAUUUAGUGUACACUGCCUGUUAAACUAUAAAUGGUGCAUUGUACAUAGUGUGUUAAGCAGACAAUUAAUUUCUACAUGAAAAAAAGAAUCUACAAUUGUAUCCUUCUAACCAAUUUCAUGUACUUGUGUUUUGUUAUUCUCUCUGUCAGACCGCUAGCCAGUGAUUACCUGAUCAGUAUGCAAGUCAAAAGAAUUCAAAUCAAAAUUUAAAAUCUCACCGCCUUGAGACGUGAGUGAAAAAAUACCAAAGGACAUGUUUAGGGAAUCAAACAAUGAAACCAUGCUACAGGAUUUCUUGUAUGAAUUGAUUCUGGCUUUAUAUUCUCAUAGGAAAGGAAAACUUUUGUUGCCAUGGCAAGUUUCCAUUUGGUGCUUCCAUUGAUGCAAGAAUACAUAAGCGGAUUCCCUAAAGGGAUACGGUGAUGGAACAAAAUGAGAUUACAUUUAAAUGCUUUGCAUUCUCUCACCAAAUGUUUGCGUUGACCUUAUGUUUGAGGGUUUUGGUAACAGUGUUCCAGUUUGAAUUGGGUUUAAUGUUAUUUUACUGAUGGCCAGUGUCAGCAUGCUCAGAAACCUCAUGACCUGAGUCUGCAUAAACUGACUGACGUUUAAUAUCUGAAAAAAAUCACCCUUGAUUUCCAGCUUCUUCCCUCUUGUCUCUUUUUUAAUCACCAAAGUGUAACAUUUGCCCAUUAUAUAACUAACAAUUAGCAUCACAGAUGUGACAAUACUUAUUAAAUAACUGUAAGGAAUAUAUAUAUAUAUAUAUA